CAGUCCGGUCAGGUGUUCGGAGCCCGGUCCAACUCAGGUCAGGCGUUCCUGCCGACGAGGAUGAUUUAACGCACCUCUCCGCGUCCCACCGUCAGCUCGUCGUCGCGUCUCUGCCACCAUGAAGAAAGGACCGCGGAACUUUUUGAGUCGAAAGAACCAGUCGCUGUUCGACACUGGCACAAAAAUGAAGGACAUGGAUGUUGUGGAGGUGUUUCUGGGGUCUCCACCUAUUGUGGAGUCCGGCACUGCCAGUGUUCGAGCCAGACCUACAGUCAAACAUCACUCGUCCACCAAUGACAGCUUUCAAGGGUUUGCUGUCCCGACGCCCACCGUCCCCGUCCUCCCUUCCGUCAACGGGCCGAAGACCAACGGGUCAGUUGUCAGCGAGCGAAUGUCCAAUGGAUCAAGUAUAUUUAACUUUGAGGAGGAUGAAAUAUUUGUCCCUCCUCCCCCAUCUGUGGCUCCUCCUCCGCCCCCUGGGACCUUCAUCCUCCCUCCACCAGACUUCAUGGGUGAGCUGAGCAGUGCAGAGCUGGCUGCUCUCCAGCCUCCGUCUAUGCCUGCUCCUAUACUUGCACGGAGCAUGGAUGAGGAUCUAUCUAACCUAAAACCCCCUCCGAUGGCACCCCCCAAGCCUCCGUCCACCUGCUCCAGCGGCUCUGUGUCUUCACUGCCAAGAGUGUCCCCGUUGCCAGUCAAGGUCCCUGAGCACCCUAAGUUUGCGCCACCGCAGCCCCCAACUGAAAGGCACAGCAAGUCCUUCAAGACACCGCCUCCAAAGCCCAUCAGAAAUUCCUCCAUCAUGAACAUCGAGCUCCCUCCUGAUAUCCCUGCUCCACCUCCCCCUGUGCAGACCCCCACUCUGUCCACGUUUAAUCCCCAAAACACAGCAAAAACUUUCAGUGCACCCAAGACGGCAGAUCCCGGUGGGCUGGAUGCGACAAGGCCCAAGCAGCGGUUACUCCUAGAGGACUCUGGCUCCCUGAAUUCCCAGGUGGAUGGAAACCCCCCCGCUGUGUCUUCACCUGUGAAGCCUGCUCUCAACGACGGAAAAAACUUGAAGGAGAGCUUGCAAAAUGUGACCCCGCCCCCCCACACGCCCCCUCCUGACCCCGUCAAAGAGGCUAGCACAGUGAUAGUGUCCACUCCUCCAGUGAUAAACAAACCUCACCAGAGUAAAGAGAUAACCUCUGCACACCUUCUAAAAGGCACCACGAGUAAUACCACCUUAGCUCCCAGCAACGACUCGGUCCUCUCAGGCAAGUACAGUCCCAUAUUGGAUAAAAAACUGCGUGAUCUAAAGAGCACUGAGACGCACGGGCCCCGGGAGGGAGGGGCGGCUUCUCCUCUGGCUCUGCUGAAGGCUGCCAAAGAAAGAGAGAAGCACAGAGCAACACAUUCACACGACCACGACAUCAAGACCGACCGACUCAAAGCUGCCAUCGCCCCAGUAGAUUCAAGUGCCAGUUCCUUCAUUGGCUCCCCAAGAUCGAGCUCAUCUUCUUCACUGACUUCUUUAGAUGCACCACAGUCCACCAGGGAAGCUGAAGUCCAGCUGCCAAAUCAGACUUCAAACGUCCCCAGCUCAUCACAGGUCAAAAACCAGGCUCCAGAAGCCAACGUCAUGAGGACACCAGCAGGUCCACAGUCAGGAGUCGCUCAGAAUCAUGUCGUUGAGCAAGGCCGAACAACGCCACAGCCCUCACAGCCUGAGGUGAAGCAAGACGUCAGCAUGCCCCUGCUUCCACCACCACCGGAAUUUGAGGAUUUUGAUGAUAUAAUGGAGCCCCCCCCUUCCAUCCGUCCACCCGACCCCCCCGUGAAAAAGGCUCCGGUCGUUCACUCUGCCCCAGUCCCUCCAGCUCCGUCACCUCCACCACUGUUAGUUAUCCCCGCCCCUCCGAAACCUGCGCCUCAGGUGGCCAAGCCAAAGCCACAGGCGCUGACGAAAGCCGCCUUGGUGCCCAACAAACUGCCGACAAACCUUUCCCCCAGUCAGGCCACGCUUUUAAGCAUCUUACAGAAGAAGAUGCUGGAAAUGGACCAGAAGAUGACUCCGGUGAAGGAGCCGGACGACUCGGACGACUGGGGGAACCCCCUGUCCGAUGAAGACGACAAAAUACCAGCGGUUUCCACAGCAGUACCAAAGAAUACGAGUAAUCGAGCGGCGACUCUGGACAUGGGAGAGCUGCAGGGCAGAGUGGCCAGAAAGAGUGAGGAGUCCUUGCCAAAGAAAAAGUCCAGCAGAGGGUCACAGUCCACACAUCAGUAUGGGAUGACGUUUACGGUGCGACCCGGAACCAAGCAGCCAAUAACGCUGGUCAGAAAAGGAGAACCUUAGAAGAUAAAAAGGGAGAAUGGAAAACGUCGUCCAAAGCUCGAACAAAUGCAACUAAAAUGGCUGUUCACCAGGAAGUCUCCUCAGUAUUAGGCUGUCAAACUGGAGAGAAUUUUGUCAGUCUCGUUUAGCCAUCAACACCGAUAGGGAUGUUUAUGCUGCUUCUCUACAUGAAGACGUUUCCAAUCAUAGCACUUCACCGUCUUCACACACGGUGCCAGUUAUCUGUAAUCCUCCUGAAAUUAACGGGUUUACAAUGGCAUGACCCCUCCUCCCCCCGUUUAUCACUGUUACAGGUCCAUCAUGAAGCUCUAUUUAAAAGUGCCCAUCAUUUUAUCCAGACUGCUUCCCAUAUUUAUUGUUGCAUUUUGUGCUGGUCAUUUUAACUCCCUGUGAUGUAAAUAUUUCGAUGUACGUGUUAAGAACCGAAGUCCGGAUAUUUAAUAAGCUUUGAAACACACAAGUGCCUGCUAAUAAAAUCAGAACAUCUGUUAUUGUAUUUACAGAAA